AUGAGUGAUGCAUGGAUGGAUCUGGACGCAGGUAAGCUGGUGAUCCCAUUGAACCGGGAGGCGCCCAACUUUCGGUCGAUGAACGGGUUGAUCGACGGGAGGACGGAGCUGAAGCCACUGCCGGCGGCCGCGGCCGGCGGCCCUGACGACCGGCGGCUGCAGGUGGUGGGCGUCUCCGGCGGCAAGGCCACGGACGAGGAGUACUUCGUCGACGUGGAGAGCGGCGAGUGCGGCAGCGCGGCGGUGCCGCUCGUCCAGCAGCAGUACGUGAACGGGCGGCUCGUCCGCCUCCGCACCUACUCCAUCUUCGAGAUCAGCAUCAUGGCCGCCAAGAUCGCCUACGAGAACGCCGCCUACAUUGAGAACGUCGUCAACAACGUCUGGAAGUUCCAUUUCGUGGGGUUCUACAACUGCUGGAACAAGUUCAUCAAAGACCACACGACGCAGGCGUUCGUGGUGACUGACCGGGCGUCCGACGCGAGCGUGGUGGUGGUGUCGUUCCGCGGCACGGAGCUGUUCAACAUGCACGACUGGUCCACCGACGUCAACCUCUCCUGGCUGGGCAUGGGCGCCAUGGGCCACGUCCACGUCGGCUUCCUCAAGGCGCUCGGCCUGCAGGAGAUGAACGGCAAGGACGCCGCCCAAGACUUCCCCGAGACAGCCCCCAACACCGCGGCAGACAAGCCCGUCGCCUACUACAAGCUCCGUGAGGUGCUCCGUGAGCAGAUCAAGAAGCACCCCAAGGCCAACCUCGUCGUCACCGGGCACAGCCUCGGCGGCGCGCUCGCCGUCAUCUUCCCGGCGAUCCUCGCCUUCCACGGCGAGAGGGACAUCCUGGACCGGCUCCUCUCCGUGAUCACCUACGGGCAGCCGCGCGUCGGGGACAAGACGUUCGCGGCGUACGUCCGCGCGAACGUGACUGUGGAGCCGAUCCGGGUGGUGUACCGGUACGACGUGGUGCCCCGGGUGCCGUUCGACGCGCCGCCCGUGGCGGAGUUCACUCACGGUGGCACCUGCGUGUACUUCGACGGGUGGUACGACGGCCGCGCCAUCGCCGCCGGCGGGGACGUGCCGAACCCCAACUACAUCGACCCGAGGUACCUGCUGUCCAUGUACGGCAACGCGUGGGGGGACCUGUUCAAGGGCGCCUUCCUGUGGGCGAAGGAGGGCAGCGACUACCGCGAGGGCGCCGUCUCGCUGCUCUACCGCGCCGCCGGGCUGCUGGUGCCCGGCGUCGCGUCGCACAGCCCGCGCGACUACGUCAACGCCAUCCGCCUCGGCCGGAUCGCGACCAAGGAGGCAUGAGAGCUUCAGCUUGCAGCGG